AUGCGGAUCACCGUCAGCGUCAUCCGCCCCGAGGCGGACUCCGACAUCAUCACCCUGGACGUCGGCGGCGACAUGACGAUCGAGCUCCUCAAAGCCAUAGUCCAAAGCGAGACCGCCAUCCCCCCCGAAGCCCAACAACUCGUCUACAACAACGCCCUCCUCCAGAACCCCGCCCAAACCCUCGACCAGAUCGGCAUCGCCGAGGGCGACAUGCUAGGUGUCCACGUUACGCUGCGUGGUCCCCCCCAGCCCGCCCCCAACGCCGGGCCCAGCUCGGCCCCGCGCCAGAACCUGCCACCCCCGGCCGGCAUGCCCGACCCCGAGACGAUCCGGCUCCAUAUUCUCGGGGACCCGCGCGUGCGCGACGCCGUCCGACGUCAGAACCCCGAACUGGCCGAGGCGGCCGAUAACGCCCAGCGGUUCCGCGAGGUGCUGCUCCGUCAGCAACAGCGGGAGGCGCAGCAGGAGGCAGAGAAGGAGGCCCGCAUUGCGAUGCUCAAUGCUGACCCCUUCAAUCCGGAUAACCAGCGGGAAAUCGAGGAGAUCAUUCGCCAGAAUGCCGUGACGGAGAACCUGCACAACGCCAUGGAACAUCAUCCGGAGUCCUUCGGUCGCGUGACUAUGCUCUACAUCCCCGUCGAAGUCAACGGCCACCGGCUCAACGCAUUUGUCGAUUCGGGUGCACAGGUCACAAUCAUGUCGCCCCAGUGUGCAGUAGCCUGCAACAUCAUGCGGCUAGUCGACCGACGCUACGGCGGCAUCGCCAAGGGCGUAGGAACAGCCCCGAUCCUGGGACGAGUGCAUUCGGCGCAGAUCAAGAUCGGGGAGAUGUUCCUGCCGUGCUCGUUCACCGUCAUGGAGGGGAAACAAAUUGAUCUGUUGCUCGGGCUGGAUAUGCUGCGACGGCACCAGGCCUGCAUCGACCUCAAGCGCGGGGCCCUCGUCAUCCAGGACCAGGCGGUGCCGUUCCUGGGCGAGGCCGAUAUCCCCAAACACCUGACCGAGGAGUUUGAGGACGAGCCGACGGUUAAGGGCAGCGAUGGCGCCGAGGUCGGUGCCCGAACCGGGGCCGUUACCCACCAAGCUGCCGGGCAAGAUGCCGGCAACGAGACCGGCUCAGGCUCGGGGCCGCCCAAGAUCAACAUCCGGCCGGCCCCUGCGUCGCGCUGGCCCCAGGAUUCGAUCGCCAAGAUCACCGAACUUGGGUUCACGCGCGAAGAAGCGGUGCGGGCUCUGGAUGCGGCCAAUGGGGACUUGGAUCAUGCUAUCGGCUUUUUGAUCUAA